UUUAUGAUAACACGUAGAGGAAUACAAGUCAGCUUGGAAAGCGCCAGAUGGCUCAUUUACCGACUUGUUAUGUCAUUCAAGUGACAUCAUCUUCUUGAUUUAAUGUUACCUCAGCACAUAUGCACUUAUAUAAGAGUACCCUUGCUGAGACUCCCUUCCAUCUUCAUUCUUCUCAUUUCCAAACACACAGUAGUAGCUGAGGUUCAACUUAGGGUUUCUCUUCAAAUUAACGCUUGAUGGCUACCGCCAAGGUAUUAUUGACUGAUCUUUGCUCCGGCGGCAUCCGCCAUGUCCCUUCCAAUUAUGUCCGGCCAAUCUCCGAUCGUCCAAAUCUUCUCGACGUUCAGUCGUCCGACCAGUCAAUUCCUGUCAUUGACCUCCAAGGCCUCAAUGGUCCUAAUCACUCUCAUAUUAUCAAAGAGAUUGGCCAAGCAUGUCAACGUUAUGGUUUCUUUCAGGUCAAAAACCAUGGAAUACCAGAGAAGGUGAACAAUAACAUGUUAAGGGUAUCCAACGAGUUCUUCCAUCUGCCUGAAGGAGAAAGGAUGAAAAUCUACUCCAAUGACCCUUCCAAGGCCGUGCGGCUCUCCACUAGUUUCAAUGUGAAGACAGAAACAGUAGCAAAUUGGAGAGAUUUUCUGAGACUCCAUUGUUACCCUCUUGAUGAUUAUAUGCAUGAAUGGCCUUCCAGUCCUCCCUCUUUCAGGGAAUAUGUAGCUGAGUACUGCACAAAUGUGAGAGGCCUUUCACUAAGAUUGCUUGAAGCAAUUUCUGAGAGUUUGGGCCUACAAAGUGAUUACAUAAACAAGGUCUUACAAAAACAUGCACAACAUAUGGCCAUCAAUUACUAUCCUCCAUGUCCACAACCGGAGCUAACUUAUGGAUUACCCAUCCAUUCUGACCCGAAUGUAAUCACAAUUCUUCUGCAAGGCACUGUCCCUGGUUUGCAGGUCCUAAAGAAUGGCAAGUGGGUUGCCAUCAAACCCAUUCCCAAUACCUUCAUCAUCAACAUUGGUGAUCAAAUUGAGGUACUUAGUAAUGGAAUGUACAAAAGCGUGCUCCAUAGAGCUGUGUUAAAUCGCAAUGAAUUGAGAAUCUCAGUCCCAACUUUCUAUAGCCCAUCACCUGAUGCAGUGAUCAAGCCUGCACAAGAGCUAGUGGAUGAAGAACACCCUAUACUCUACAAAAGCUUCACUUAUAAUGAGUACUACACCAAGUUUUGGAAUCGAGGACUUGCAACAGAGAACUGCUUAGAUAUGUUUAGGGCUUCUUCAACAUAGAUACUUGAAAAUCCUUUAGAGACUAUCUUUGAACUCCAAAAGUAUUUAGCAAAAUUAUUUAGAAAA